UGUUUUGUUAUACAAUUCGUCCUUCUUGUCGUACAACAGCCUUAGUUUUAUAUUCUAUCCUCAAGUGCAAGGUUACCUCGAGUGUGUAUUAAGUCUGAUCAGUGCGCAAUCAAGCAAUAGGUUUGGUUUACCAACCAGCAAUGUUGACUGUAGUUUCUCGAGUCUGUUUGAAAACGAAAACAUUAGCUCCGUUAGUUGUGUCUUACAGGACACCACCUUCUACCCUACGUAGUAUUCAUCAGGGGAAAAUACAUUGCGAACACCAGAAAGAACAUUCAACCGACAAUCUACAAUCAAACCUUUUAUCCUUUGCUGGUCAAUGGCCAGACAAUGACAGGAUAAGCUUCGUAGCCGAUAUGCGAGUACUCGAAAAUUUUAUAACUGAACAAGAGGAGGCCUCUUUACUGGAGGAAAUUGAACCAUACAUCAAACGGCUGCGCUACGAAUUUGAUCACUGGGACGAUGCAAUCCACGGCUAUCGCGAAACUGAACGCAAACACUGGUAUCCAGCUAAUCGUGCCAUUUUGGACCGUGUUGUAGCAGAUGCGUUUGCCGGCUCGGCCAUGCCAUAUGUGCACGUGCUGGAUUUGGCCCAAGAUGGUGUAAUCAAACCUCAUGUCGAUAGUGUGCGGUACUGUGGAAAUACGAUCGCCGGUAUAAGUUUACUCUCCGACUCUGUAAUGCGAAUGGUCCGGACAAAUGAUGAGGAGCAAACGAAUGAAGAGUAUCGCCAAAUUUUCUCUAAAGAUCGUGAUAAAAAAUUCUGGGCUGAUGUGUUGCUGCCACGACGAUCGCUCUAUGUGAUGAAACACUCUGCACGGUACAACUUUACUCACGAAAUUCUUGCUGCCAAGGAGUCGUUCUUCGGAAAAAGGCAUAUCCAGAAAACGAGACGCAUAUCGAUCAUUUGUCGAAAUGAUCCCUAACAAGGAAAUCUGUACUACUAGCAUAUGCACGGAGCUAGUGAGUGAAACAUUCUGUUGUCAAAAAUGUGUAAAUAUAUAUAGUGCAAAUCUUGUUAAUUCAAGCUGUAUUUACUGAGGUA